CUGGCUACUGCAGUCUAGUGAUCUUAUACCUGUUGUCAAAGAUCAGCGCUUCAGCUGCCAGGGCUCGCUUUUCCUCGUAGCAACGUGUUCAAACCUUUGACCAUUCAAGAUGUCUUUAAAGCAAGGCCGAAGAAAUUGUUCCUGGGCCAGCCGUUUACUAGCCGCGCUCUUUCGUCCAUUCAUGCCAGAGGAGGCUCCUCCAGAACUCCCCUACCUAUUGUUCAACAGAACUAUCGUGCCUACUAGUAUGGCGGUCACCAGUUGGUACUCGGGGAUGGUCUAUGAUAAGCCCAAUAAUCGCUACCUCAUGUGUUUGCUUAGUCGCAUUGAUUACUGUCGAUGCACUGAUGGCACCAAACAUGAUUUUCUUUUGUUCUAUUUUAGACAUUGGAUCUCAGGCUCUUCAGCAGAGGCUGUUGUAUGUGUCGACCGCCGCACUGUGGAAAUAAUCAAAGACUGUAGACAGUCAUCGGAAAUCAGCUCUCCCUCUCCCUCAUCGAAAGAAACUGCUACUUCCGACCUCACAUUUCUUCUCGGUUCACCUUAUUAUGCAGUCAGAUACCUCCGAUCUCGAUAUGGGCGCUACAAGAAACUCUGUACGCUCACGUUUUCUUCACCUACCGCACCUUCAGCAUUCCAAGUGGCCGCUAUUUUAUGCCUCGUCCAUCAGCAAGCUCCUCCCUACCACUUGUACGAAAGGCAAAGCUAUUGGUAUGCCGAUUCCGUGUGGAUGAGCUUGAAGAAUAUUUUUGCUCAGAAUCGGGAAUCGUGCAAAGAUCACAAUGCACGUAGUCAUUACCGUGGAGUCACACUAGGACCGUCGCCUGCCACUGUCCAGGCUGUUUGCGCGGCUUUUCUGCCAGAGUGGCAGAAGACAAUGGGUAAGCUCACGCAGACAAGACAGCGCCACGAAGCAAACCUAGCACAGAUUCGACAAGAAGCGUUCGCAGAAGCAAUGCAAGCUGCAGACGAACGGGUUCGCCGAGCACAGCAAGAUGCAGACGAACGGCAGCAAGCUGCACAUGAACGGGUUCGCCGAGCACAGCAAGAAGCAGACGAACGGCAGCAAGUUGCAUAUGAACGGCUUCGCCGAAUACAGCAAGAACAAGACGAACGGCAGCAAGUUGCAUAUGAACGGAUUCGCCGCAUACAGGCCGAAACAGAACAACUUCUCGCGAGGCUUGCAGCUUUGCAGGGCAAAACAACUGCUAUUUGAUUCAGAAUGCCUUGCCUGCAUUCCUAACUUCAUCUUCCUUCAUUCUUCGGUUUCAUUUACAUAGAUCACGGGCUCGCUUUGUAGUUCGGGCGACCCUCAGUACGGUAACCUGGUUUCGCAACAUACUGAUUUACACUUUCAUCAUAUUGACAUGGGUGGUGGGUAAUUAGGCCGUGAUGGAUAUGCUU